GUAGCGUCUCCCUCCCCGCAGUCCUCCUCACAGUCCCCUCAGCAGCCUUCGGUACUUCCGCGACAGGCUACUGUGGACUCGGUUGGUGUUGGAGCUGGAGGUGCAGCCACUGGCGGUACUCGGUCCGGGGGUGCUCGUUCGAGGGGUGCUGGAGUUGGAGGUGCUGGCGCAGGUGGCGCUAGCCCUGGGGGUGCUGGAGCUGGAGGUCCUGGCACUGGAGGUGCUAGUCCUGGGGGUGCUGGAGCUGGAGGUGCUGGCGCAGGUGGCGCUAGCUCCGGGGGUGCUGGAGCUGGAGGUGCUGGCACUGGAGGUGCUAGUUCUGGGGGUGCUGGAGUUGGAGGUCCUGGCACUGGCGGUACUGGUUCUGGGGGUGCUGGAGCUGGAGGUGCUGGCACAGGAGGUGCUUGUUCUGGGGGUGCUGGUCCUGGAGGUGCUGGUUCUGGGGGUGCUGGUGCUGGAGGCGCUGGCACUGGAGGUGCUGGUUCUGAGGAGACUGGAGCUGGAGACACUGGUUCUGCGGAGUCCACUCCGUCUCCCCACCGCCACGACACACGUCUCCAGGCGGCCCGUCGGCGUGAGCGUGAGGAGCAGGUGCUGUUGGAGAGGGAGCGGCAGGAGUUGCGGCAGUUGGACCUGCUGGAGCAGCAGCGGCAGCAGCAGCAGCUGCCGCAGCAGCAGCAGCAGCAGCAGCCGCAGCAGCAGCAGACACCGCCGCCGCAGCUACGACCAUAG